AUGUGUCCGCCGUUUGAUAUUCAUCACUACGGCACGUCCGCAUCUACGUCGAACCAAGCUUGCGCGUUGCCGAUGUCCGUUUUAGGCAAGAUCCCUUCGAUUCCCGCCUCGCCGGGUCAGGGCAUUCGUAAAGUUUACAGUUUCUGCAACCGCCAGUCGUGGAAAAUAGACCCAGUCAAGUGGGGAGCGAAGUUCAGUUCAGUCUCCGUUGACACGGGAAGGACCGAUACGUCCUCAACUCACAGUCUGGACGGCGGUCAUGGUUCCGACGUCGAACUCUCGGACAGCGACCAGGAGUCCGCGCCACCCGCAACCCCUACCGAAGACUCUGCGCCCCCUAGCAUCGCGACCCACUAUUCGCCCGGGAAUUCAUUCAUGAAGCUGCUAGAUCAACCGGAGGACCCGUCGCGCAUCAAAGAGCAGACCAACCCGUUCAUGGCUCUCUUGCCCCGGACUUGCCCCUCUGAGGAAGAUCACCAGCUUACGUCGCGUUUCUUCGAAGAGAUUUGGACGCUGUGGCGGAAGUGGGUGGAAGCUGGACGCGAUGGAUUCAUUUUGCAGGAGAUCUUCGACAUCGAGGAACAGGAAUUCUGGGGAUUGCAGAGCAAGCUGGAGGAGAGUUGGGAGUGGGAUGUGAGAGGGGAAUUAGCGAAGUACGUUGCAUUCCUGCGAACCAUCAACAUCGACUACUGGCCGCAAGAAGGCAAACUCGUCGCUCAAACGCCAACGUUCAGUGAGGACUUCACGUUCGACUUCCUCACAGACAUGGCCUCGAAGUUUCGCGAGACCAUUGUCACGUUCUCGGACGCGCGGCCGUGCGUCGCCUACAAGAUGGUGAUCAAGACGCCAGAAGUACAGUUCUCCCUGCGCCACAGCUCAAUCGUGAAGGAUAUGAACUUGGUUCCGGGAACAGGCCAAGAGAUCUUCUUCGCGCUUGUGACCCACACACGGGCGGAAUUCCUCUAUCAGACGCGAAAGAUAGCGGCUGCUUUGCCCUCAAUGAAUGCCCUGCAAGGCUUCGUCGUCGCUCUGGCUGGCCCAGCGGAUGCGAUGACGCCCGAUCAAGUCCUCUACUGUGGCGGUCGUUCACCGCCGGGUGGUGGGCCAGUGGGGAUGGAGGCGUGUCUGGCCAUGUACCAGGUCAACGAGUUCAUCGAUUUUCAGGAGUGUGUGCGAGGCGCGGGGAGCUUGGAGGACUGGGAGACCCAGGGGCCGAGGUUCAUGCGACUGCUCCGACGUGGAAUUCCUCCUCAGACAGCCCCUCCUGACGGCAAUCGAUUCUUAGAAGGGCGCCUCACAGACAUCAUCUACGCACACGCUAUGAGGAUCGCCGAGCCCUCCCCCAUCGGGCCGUUGCGGCAAGACGGCCACAGUCGCACGGACCCCGACGAGUUGAAGGGCGUCAGUCACGACCGAUACGUGGACAAGGACUUGCUGGGAGAGGUUUGCGAGGGCUCAGGGGACAAGGCCAUUCGGUGGUUGCAGCGCGUUCUGUACCACAAGUUGGCGGCGAUCGUUUGUCAGCGAGAAGGUCAAGGUAGGGGCUUCCUUCUGAAGGGAUCCCUUCCCUAUUGUGACAAGGGCGAGUACCGCAACAACUUCUUGAAUGCGGCGCUGUGGGAAGUAAUUGAGAGAGAAGGUAGGAAGCAAGAAGGAUCUCAGCACGCUCCACCGAGUUGGAUGCACGAUGCCAUCGAGAACCUAUGGCGGAGGCUCAUGGACCGCCCGUUCUCGGAGAUAGCGGACGUAUUUGGCUACGACAUUGCAAGUGUCGUUACCGGCAUAGGUGCACAUCCGGCGGUGGUGCCGGAUGCGUCGUUCCUCGUAGAUUUCGGCUAUACUUCGCAUGCGCUCUGUCAAACGGAAUGCGGAGUAUCCCAGAGUCCUAAGGACAUCAUGGCCAAGUUGGCGGACAUGUGUGAUCGCCAGCUGAUCGCGGCAUGCGGGAUCUUCAUCCUGCUGAUGCGGGAAACCCGUGCCAAUAGCGGCGGCAAGGUACCCGUCAGAGUGCCCAAAGCGUGGAUGGAUGCAGCAGGGAACGUCACCGAUGAGGAGAGGUCGAAUGCGGACGGGAGUGCCGAUGAAGAUUGGGGAAAAUGGGAGCUCCUGGGCGCGCCUCCGAGCAGGGGACGCGCCUCAAGACAAGGCAUCAACGCCCCUCUUGGGCAGCGACCUCGAGAUGCGCUCACCCCAAUGGUCAAGUGCUGGCCAAACCACGUCAUGCCCCCCAUCGCCGUUAAAUCGAUUGCCGUUCACGGGGCAACCCGCGGGUAUGUGCUUGUCAUACUCCCCCCGGAGUAUCACAAGUUUCGCCAGGCCGUGGAUGAGCAGUGGGAUCUCACGAGGAUCCUCACGGAGUUUGUAUUCAUGGAGAUUCGUCUGGACAAGGAGUCCACCGACCUGAUGCCCAUCGUGAGCCCACAACUCAGCCCACCCGAUGCCGUGCGUCGCAUCAAAGAGCACCUAUCUAGGUUGUUCGUGCUCAUGUACAACCUUCUGGCCGCUGUGAACGACCGGGAGGGCGAUGUUCAACAAAGGGCCGCUUUACACCGCUUUCGCGGUAUCAAGGAACCCGGCAAUAAGGUCCUCUUGACUAUCGCCAAAGAGGACCUACAGGGUUACUCGACGACCUUGCCGAGUCUUGACCCGGGGACCCCCGCCGCCGACAUGGUGCUGCACAUGCAGCACAACUUCUCCUCCGCUUUCGACGUGUUUACCGACCGCCUCCCCGCGAACGCCUUGUCGUACGCUCUGUCGGGAUGCCGCAAGCGCAUGCGCAAGGCCGUCUUGGAAGAGCAAAUGAAGGAGAAGCACGCCAGGAACAAGGAGCAGGCCAAGGCCCAGGGAAAACGCGUUCGGCCCAGGCACACGGCCAAGGCGAGUGCGAAUACGAGCACGAAUACAAAAGUGAAGGGGGCGGGGAAUGCGAAGGCGCAGGGUAAACGGGCCGGGCGAAACUCUGACGACCGCGACGUGCUCAUAUCCUUAUCACAAACAGAAAUUUCGGACUUGCUAGCACUUCUUAUGAGCUUUCCGACGCUACCAACAUCCCUUCAAACCACUCGUUCUCGUCUUCAGGAUUGCGUAGUUGAGUUUCCUUUACCAUCUAUCAGCGCGCCAAUCGAGCCGGAAGGCAUUAUCACGUACACUGACCGCAACACUGCUCAAGGCAAUGCCGUUACGAGAGAGCUGGGCAUCGCUGGCUCUGAUGGGGACAUCCAGUCACCCGUAUGCCCUGAUGCAGAGAGCAGCAUGGAUAUGAGCGAUAUGGCUGUUGAUGCUUGCAACACGACCGCUGAGACUCAGGCGGCACCACUCGCUCCAGGUGCCGUCGCCACCUCACAGGAGCAUUCAAGCCUCCCGGACGGACAACCGGAGCACACGUCGAUCAUCGAGGAAAAAGACCAGUUCUUCGAGUGGAAGAAGAGCGGACGUAGCAUAUUGGAAGUGUCGAACCGGAGCACAGGCAUCAGGAAAAACCGCCCAUUUGCCAAAGCACUCUGA